GCGCCAUCUAUAAAAUCAAUUACGUUUCUGAAUUCGUAUCCAGUUAGAUGUAAGGUGGCAUGACAGAAGCUCGGUACUUUUCAACAUGGCUUCGUUUGUGCGACUGGGAAUAUUUUUUGUGCUAGCACUUUGCCCAUUUAUUAUUAAUGCAGUCAAUAGAGAUGCUUUUAAAACAUGCGGACAAAGCAGUUUCUGUCGGCGUUGCAAAAAAGUUGAACCAGGAAAAACACCGUAUCAGUUAGAACCGAAUACAAUUGCACACAAUGAAUCGACGCUAACAGUAGAUUUAUUUAAUAGAGAUACUGGUGUAUUUUAUCUUUUAAAACUUACUGUACUUAAAGAUCAUACGUUCAGACUUCACAUUAAUGAAAAAAAUCCAUUACAUCCACGAUAUGAAGUCGAACAUUCUUUGCAAGAUCAGCCACAAACAUCGACGGUGGAUAGCGUUGAAAAAACUGCAGAAUACAUAUCUGUCACCAAUGGAGAGAACAAAGCUGUUUUAAAUAUCAAUCCUUUUAGAGUAGAUUUAUAUUAUCAAGAUGUAUUAGUCAUUUCAGCUAAUGCUCGUGGUCUAAUGAGAUUUGAGCAUCUUCGAAAUAAACCACAAAGCAAAUCAGAUCAAGAAGAGAAAGAAGAAAAUAUUCAAACUGAAGAUAAACAGCAAUCGCAACAAUUUCCUGGUGACGGUGCUGAUAACGAUCCUGGUGCUUGGGAAGAAAAUUUUAAAAACCAUCAUGACUCUAAACCCUAUGGACCUGAAGCAGUAGCUUUAGACUUUAGUUUUCCAGGAGCAGAACAAGCUUAUGGUAUACCGGAACAUGCAGAUUCUUUUGCUUUAAAAUCUACUAAACAACUAGAGCCAUAUAGGCUAUAUAAUUUAGACGUAUUUGAAUAUGAGAUAAAUGAACGAAUGUCAUUAUAUGGAGCAAUUCCAGUUCUUUAUGCGCAUGGUAAAGACAAAACAACAGGUAUCUUUUGGCAUAAUGCAGCAGAAACAUGGAUUGAUGUUUUAUCGAGUGCUGACAAUAAUGUUGUAGAAAGUUUGGUUAAUUUUGUUUCGGGUUCUACAAAGAAAUCGCAAGUUGAUGUUCACUUCAUGUCUGAAUCUGGAAUUAUUGAUGUAUUCUUCAUGUUAGGACCUAAACCUUUGGAUGUAUUUAGACAAUUCACUGUUUUAACUGGUACAGCACCCUUACCGCAGAUGUUUGCAUUGGGCUAUCAUCAAUCACGUUGGAAUUAUAAUGAUCAAGAUGAUGUAGCUCAAAUUGCCAAUGGCUUCGAUGAGCACGAUGUCCCAAUGGAUACAAUGUGGCUUGAUAUCGAAUAUACAGAUAAUAAAAAAUAUUUUACAUGGGAUUCACGUAAAUUUCCAAAUCCUCUUGAAAUGGUUCAAAAUUUAACGGAUAAAGGGAGAAAAUUAGUUGUCAUUAUUGAUCCACACAUCAAAAGAGAUCCAAAUUAUUUCUUACAUAACGAUGCUACUAGUAUGGGAUAUUACAUUAAAACUAAAGAUGGAAAAGAUUAUGAAGGUUGGUGCUGGCCAGGGUCAUCAUCGUACUUAGAUUUCUUUGAUCCAAAAGUUCGAGAAUAUUAUAUUGGUCAAUACAGUUUAGAUAAAUUUCAUGGUACUACAAACAAUGUACAUAUCUGGAAUGACAUGAAUGAACCGAGUGUUUUUAAUGGUCCAGAAGUAACUUUACCUAAAGAUGUUCUACAUUAUGGCGGUUGGGAACAUAGAGAUGUUCAUAAUAUCAAUGGUCUUCUUUAUACACUUUCCACUUAUGAAGCUCUUUUUAGAAGAUCAGGAGGAUCCUUAAGACCUUUUAUUUUAACAAGAUCUUUCUUUGCUGGAUCACAACGUUAUGCUGCAAUGUGGACUGGUGAUAAUAUGGGAGAUUGGGAAAAUCUUCGUAUAAGUUACCCAAUGUGUCUUUCUGCAUCUGUUUCUGGCAUGUCAUUCUGUGGUGCCGAUGUUGGUGGAUUCUUUAAAAAUCCAGACAGAGAACUAUUUAUCAGAUGGAAUCAAGCUGGCGCUUGGCUACCUUUCUUCCGUCAACAUUCACACAUCGAGACUAAAAGACGUGAACCAUGGACAUUUAAUGAUGAAACUACACAAAUAGUAAGAGAAUCAUUUAGAGUUAGAUAUUCCUACUUGCCAUUAUGGUAUACAUUGUUUAGAGAACAUGAAAUAAAAGGCACACCUGUAAUACUACCAAUAUGGGCACAUUAUCCAACGGAAACACAAACUUAUACAAUCGACGAUCACAUACUCGUUGGAGAUUCCAUUCUUGUACGCCCAGUAUUUCAACCUUCUGCUACAGAAGUUAAUGUAUACUUCCCAGGGGAAGGUAAGGUGACCUGGUAUGAUAUCGAUACCAUGCAACCAUAUACGCAAGCUGGAUCAAACAAUAUUCAAGUAACUAUUCACAAGAUUCCUGUAUUCCAAAGAAGUGGUUCAAUCAUUCCGCGUAAAAUGAGAAUACGUCGUAGCACAGUUGCAAUGAGAAAUGAUCCAUAUACUUUAAUUGUUAUUGCUGAUAGUAAUGGCAAUGCCAGUGGUAAUCUGUAUAUUGAUGAUGAAAGCAGCUUUGAAUAUCGUCAUGGAAAAUACCUUUAUUUAAAACUUAACUUUGAUGGAACUAAAUUAACUUCAACAUUUAUUGAUAAGUUAGCUUCAUAUGAAACUAAAAGCUGGUUGGAAAGAGUAGAUAUAGCAAAUCCUCCUAAAGGAAUUAAAUCUGCUCAGCUUGUAUCGCGCAGUUCAAGAACAAUAACAUUAGAAACUAAAUAUAAUCCCAAUAACAAUGUACUAACAUUGCGUAAGCCAGGUGUAAAUAUGAGCGAAGAGUGGACUAUUGAAUUAAUUCGUUAAACCAAUGGUUAUUCUCAUAUCAAAUCAGAAAUUAUACAGCAAAAUCAAUUUUUUCAUGGUAAUAUCAAUCCUUCAGCCAUCUGUGAUCCAGAAAGUAAUGUAUGUUAAAGUAAAUACAAAUGCAAUUUAGUUGUUAUAAUAGAAAAAAUGCAUUUGUUACCUGAACAAAUUUUUUUGUGUAACAUAACACUAUGCAAUCAAGCAGCAUAAAUUAAUAUUAUGUAUGUGGUAUCUUUCUUUGUAUCGCAUGCAUGAAGUUUUUUAGAAAAAUAAAUAAAUGUUAAUGAAACAAUGUGAACUAUUAUUUAAUGAAAAAUAUAACAAUUUAUGUA